AUGGAUUACAUUCACAAGUUAGCAGCACAGUACUUCCAGCUGGUGGAACUCAAUCAUCUCGACCUACCACCAGGCUCGGUGCUCGUUAGGCCAGAUGUGCAGGCAGCCCUAUAUGAGCACAUGUUCGACGAGACUAUCUUUCCUAUCCCACCACACAGCUAUCGAAGCCGAGUGCUGAAACAGAUUCUCUCGCGCAUUGAGGAAUCAAUCACUGAUCCUGAACAAGAUGAAAUCAAUGAUGAUCUCAUGGAAAGCUGGAGCACAUUAGUCUCACAGCCAAAACCAUCAUCGCUCCAACAAGCCCAGCAACUUUCGUUGGUGAAGUACACAGCCCCAAACAGUACUCGGACAGUCACGACCUCUGAGUCUCGAGGAUUGAUUCUGUCUGGUGGCACCACGGGAAACCGAACCUGGGAAGCAGCACUGCAUCUCGGUUCUUUUCUGGCAUCAGAUGCAGGUGAAAAGCUCGUCCGCGGGAAGCGGGUUAUCGAGCUAGGCGCUGGAACAGGGUUCUUGGCUCUGUUCUGUGCUCGGCAUCUUGGUGUGCAAAGCGUCGUUGUCACUGACAGAGAACCUUUCUUGAUCGAUAACAUCAAUUCUUGUGUACGGUAUAACCAGAAUGACGAGGAGUCUCUCCCCAUCUAUCCGGCUGUUUGGGAGUGGGGCACACCAUUAGACAGAACGGGAGAGCUUGAUGGUGUGAAGGGAGGAUUAACCUUUGAUGUUGCACUUGGUGCCGAUUUGAUCUAUGAUUCCGACCUCGUUCCCCUCUUGCUAUCUACCGUGGGGGAUCUUUUCGAGAACUAUGGAGUUGAGCAGUUCAUCAUUGCUGCAACGCUGCGCAACGAGGAUACCUUCCGCACUUUCUUGAAUGGAUGCGGAACCAAUGAAUUCGCCGUUGAAACUCUCCCAUUUGAGUCAACACCAUCGGAAGACCAAACGGGUUUCUUCCACUCGACCAGCAUCCCGAUCCGGACUUAUCGGAUCUCGCGGUCGAAGUCUACGUCAUGA